AGUUGAUCGCGAAUAAACGUACUCUGUGUUUCUAUUAUUGCCGUAUCAUAUAAUUAUCAUAAUUAUUGUGCAUUGUAUGUCAAUGUUUAAAAAUAAUUAUCAAAAUAAUUUAUAUCCACAGUUUUUCGUCAUAGUGCAUGUGUAUUGAAUUAAGUCAAACGGACGUGUGGCGAACGAAAAAAGUAUUUGCUUGAAAGACCUACGAUGGGAAUAGAAUUUGCGCAAUCUUUCUAGAAAAAGAAAAUUUAUUUCAAGGAAACAUACUCAAACAAAAUAACGAAGAGAAUCUAACAUCUAAUCGUUUAUUUAUUAUUAUUCUAUUUCGGUGUUUAAUUUAGAUGUUUUAAUACCUCCUUCAUAAAAAAAGAAAUAAUAUUGAUAUUUUUUUUUUGUAUACAAAAAAGUGUCAAGCAAGGUUAGCGUCUCUUGUUGUACGAGCUUACAAUUAAAAUUUAACUGUCGACUAUUAUUUUUUCUUCACAAAUUUAAACGUUUCAGAUAAUUUUGCACUAAUCAUUUUAAUGUAAUAUCUUAUUUCGUGUAUAUCAUCUUCGCUAUAAGAUUAAAUUCGAAAUAUAAAAGUUCAAGCGUUUUUUACUUAAUUGUUCCAAAUGACAAAUACAAUGGGAGGAACACACCUGCAUACUCCACCAUCGAUAUUUCAACAUAUGAUAAUACAGCAGGGUACUUCUCAACAAGUUGGUUCUUGGACACAAAUGCCUCAAGUAUUACCUUUAUCCAUAUCAUGGAGCGUACCAUCCGUACAACAAUCAGAAUUGAUCAGAUUUACAGGCGAACAAAAUGUUACGUCCAACAACCUACAUCAAAAAAGAAAAUUAGAAACACCGGAUUUACUUGACAUCAGAAAGACAAAACAACUAAUAACGGAAGAAAAAAUGGCUGCACACUUUCAAGAUUUACACAUCAGUUCGAAUUAUCAUUCACAAGAUCCUGUACCAUCUACAUCAAUGGCAAAUACUCAGUUUGAAAAUUCCAAUGUAGAGAUGGAUAUUGAAACAACCAACGUGGUCGAUACUGAAAAUAUCAAAACUCCAAGAUUAGUUCUAUCAGAAGAACUUAAAAGAAUACAACAUGAAUCUAUUCUACCAACGACUCUUUUAUCCAAAUUGGAAAGGCCAUCCAUGGCAUUAGUUCUUUGGGAACCACCGAGCAAACAUCUUCGUAUUUUACCUACAAGAGAUGUUCCAACACCAGCUUCUUCUAAUUCAUCAGAGGAAAAUAAUAAUAAUAAUAAUAAUAAUAAUAAUAAUAACAACAACAAUAACAGCGAUGGUAUGCCUGAUUUAAAUCAAACAAACUCGUUUGAACCAAUGGAAUUAUGAAAUAUAUAUUUAAAUAUUUCUUACUACUUAACAAACUGAUGCAUCAAGAAAUAUUUUUAGCUCGAUAAAAGAUUUUAAUUCAAAUUUAUUUCAUUAUUGGACUUAGCUAUAUUGUGAUUAAUUUAUCUAAUUUUCAAAUAAAAUAAGAAAGUGAAUGUUUAUACAAUCAAAUAGUUUGAAUUUCCACCACUUCGUUGGUUGGAUUUAUGCGAUAAAAAUAGACAAGCCAGCCAAGUUACACGACGAACAUCAUUUUCUUUAUAUUUGAUGAUACUUUCUUCUUAUUAUCUCAUUUUUUCUACACACUUUUGAUAUAGCCUAUACACGUUCGCGCUCAUAUUAUAUAAUAAUUAAUGAUUUUGCAUAAUUCGAAUAAUAUACAGGUCUUGCAUU